CACUCAUACACACACACACACUUUGGAUUAUCCAAAAAAAAUCUGAACUUGAUUGAACUUUUGAAAGAUGCUGAAACACGUACAAAUCUCGCCGCUGCGCAAUCGCUCCGAUUCGCUGUCGCUGCGCUCCUCGAGCAAUGCCUCGUCCUGCGCCAGCUCCAUGUGCGGCAGUCCGGAGCCGCCAACCGAUAUGCAGCGCACGCCAUCACGCGCCUCCAGCUACUCGAGCCUCAAUGAGCAGCUGCCACAGACCACAAUCAAAGUCUACACUAACUGCUUGAAGAUCGACAUCGAGUACAAGACGCUGGGCAUACAGUGGGACACCACGAGCAAGGAGGUGAUUGCACAGCUGCUGAGACGCUUGAAGAUGCGCCAUCGCGAUCCGCGUCUGUUCUAUCUCUCCAUGGAGGUGGCUGUGCGACGAGCAGGUGUGAAGACCAUACUGGUGCUGGACGAGGACACGCGUCCGGCUAUAUUGCAAGCCUGUCAUCCCAAGGGCGAGUCGCGCUUCUGCCUGCAGCUGAAGGCGGGCGGACUGAUACGCGUGCACACCUCAGCGCUGCAGCCGAGCUCCCAGUACAAGUCGCUGGUUAUCAGCGAGGAGACGAACUGCGAUGAGCUGCUGCAGCUGCUGCUGGGCUGCUACAGCUCCUUGGAGCCCGUUGAGAACUUUUCGCUCUACGAAGUGUGUCCGGGCCAGGAAUGCCAGCGCAAGCUGCAUCCGGAUGAUCUGCCGCUGCGCGCGCAGGCCGAGCGCCUGAGGCGUGGCGAGAGCUGUCACUUCUUGGUGCGCCGCACGCCCAACUAUGCGCGACGCCGCCAGCUGCUGGCCAAUCUGAACGAGGCCAUCAACCAGAGCUAUGAGAGCGAUGCCACGGCCGUCUCAGCCGCUGCUGCUGCCGUUGAGGAUGCGGAUGCAGUUAGCCUGCUGGAGCUGUCGCUCGAGUCGGAGCUCUCGCUGUCGGAGGACUUGCGCAGCUGCAGCAGCAGCGAAGACGCCGAGGAUGAUGAAUGCGCCAGCAGCUCCGGCUCCUCGGACAACUCAACUGAAUGCACGCUGCGUCGCGACUUCUUCCAGCGACAUACGCCGGUGCAAGUGAAUGGAAAUGCAGCCAGCUCUGCAGGUGCCCCAACCUCCACCUCCGCCACCUGCUCUCCGUCGCCAGCGCGCGCUUACAGCCCCGUCUACAAUAUACGUGAAAUACGCACGGCGACGCAUUCAUUCUCCUCGCUGGGCAAGGACAAAAAGCUGCUGGACAUACAGAUGAACGCACGCUAUGCACCAGCUGGCAUCUACAGUCGCCUGCUGCCUGUCGCCGAGGACAGCCUCGACGGCCUCGAUGUCAAUGGCAAUGCAACAACAGCGCCCGCAGCUGCGACAGCAGCAGCAGCAGCAACUGCUAAGCUCACAGCGGAGGCUGUUAACAAUAAUCCAGCCAAAGGCUUGGGCCACUUUGUCUAUUUGUAACUAGUCAAGGCCACAAGUUGUACAUAGAGGGAGAGCAGCAGAGAGAGAGAGAGAGAGAGAGAGAACGAGAGAGCAGCAGAGAAAGAGAGAGAGCGGAAAUAUCCCCAAAAAAAAAACAACAAAACGUAAACCGUUUGAACCAAAGAUGCAUUUGUAGUUUAAGUCAAAGUGUAAAUAGUUAAGACAGGGAAAUUUAAGCUUUUGUUGCAUAACUAAAAGCUGUUAAAUCCAAGGAUACUAAAGGAAUCUAUAGCUUGAGGCUUUAGUCGCGUAGCUAAAGCUAAACGAAGUCGUCAGAUAACAACAAUUUUAACACUUAAGAUAAAUAUGUAGAAACCAAAAAGAUAUUCUAAUAAUACAAAUGAAAAAAUACGAAAAAAAAUGUAUUUAUUAUUAAGUAAAAGUUGAACGAUAA